UUUACCCAUUCUCGAAGACUUUUGGAAUUCAUAGUCUCCUUCAUCUUUGGUCUUCGCACUAAUACUAUUACUUACCCAUCUUGAAUGGUCUUUUGUGCUUUCGGCUCACAAUGCAAGCAGAAAAGAAGCAGCAGCGGCCAUGGAAAUUCUGCGUUCAUGCAAAGGCCAAGAAGUUCCGUUUCAAAAUCAAAGCAACAAGCAUCUUACCCACUUGGGAGUUCCAUCAGUGCUCCAUUUUUCUGAAGCUUGGGAAAUACCUACUCAGAUUGAACUCCGAAUAUGGAACCCCAAUUACUCCCAGGAAACAACAAACCAAAUCUCUAAAAUCCAAAUUCCGCAGAUUUCUCCAGAAAGCUAGCUUUCGAAGGUCCAAGAACCGAGCCAUUGGAUUCAAGGAAACGUCAGAUCUCUCACACCCAGAAGAAAACACUACGAAAUGGUUUGCUUAUAAGGAACUAAUCUUUAUGGGUCAUUUGGUCGUUGGGAUUCUUGCAUUUCUAUAUCAAUACCCAGAUCGGAAGGGAAUUAUCAGUCAUAGUUCUGUUAUCUCGCUAUACUUUGCUUUAUGGUUCAAGAAUUACAUGAGAGGAAGAAUCAUCAGGAAGUUCUUAGUCCUUGUAGUGCCUGCAACAGUGGUUUGUUCAUUAGUAUUUGACUUGGUCAAUUAUUUGAGAUAUGAUUAUAUUCAGAUGGCGUGGAACAACGUUGUUUCCUCCAGGUUGUCCGGUGAAUUUCCACGUCUUUUUCAGACAUCCUAAAGGAUAAUUCGCAGGGGUUUAAGAACAUAAAUUGUCAUUUUUUUUCAGGUAUGUCGCAAGCUUUUUAUC